GCAAACACACCAUGUCAUAUAUCACCUACUGAGAUUGCUAGGAUUUGAAGUUAUCCAUAAAAUAUGAUGAAACUAUCAACUAAUAGUAGUUCAUUUUUGAAAUAUGAAACUUACAUUAAUUUACUUUUAGUGGCUUAUAGAUUACCAGUAUAACUGAAUCAAAGUGUUUGCUAAUCUCACUUUCAGUAAAUAAAAGGAACUUCAAUACAAGCUGGUUGUGUCUUAUAAUAUAUUUUUCAUUAGAACUUUUUAACACCUUUAUAUCUUCCACCACCUCACUAUUCUAAGUCUGAAAAGUACAAUUACAUAUGUAUUAUUAAUAGAAUAAAAAGGUAUACCUCAUAUUUGAUCAGAAAACUUGGGACUCUUUGAGGCUUGACUCAGAUGGGUGGAGAAGAAAUGAGAGUGGAGCUUUCAGAGAUUGGAAGAAAUAUGGGAACUAGUUUCAGGAGAAGCUCUUCAAGAAGUGAGCCUGAGGAUGAGGCAGAGUAUGCUCUCCAAUGGGCUGAGAUCCAGAGAUUGCCAACUUUUGAGCGGCUGAGAUCAUCUCUGGUCGAUGAAGAAGGUGAGUCUGAGGAGAAUGGGAAGAGGGUGGCUGAUGUCACCAAGCUAGGAGCCAUGGAACGUCAUCUGAUGAUUGAGAAGCUGAUCAAACACAUUGAGAAUGAUAAUCUCAAGCUGCUCAAGAAGAUCAGAAAAAGAAUAGACAGGGUUGGGGUGGAGUUUCCGAGCAUAGAAGUGAGGUAUGAGAAUUUAAGUGUUGAAGCUGAGUGCGAGGUCGUUGAAGGGAAGGCGCUUCCAACUUUAUGGAACUCCUUGAAGCACGUUUUCAUAGAACUGGUGAAGCUGAGUGGUGUAAGAACACAAGAAGCCAAGAUAAGCAUACUUAAUGAUGUUAGCGGCAUCAUUAACCCGGGGAGGCUAACACUGCUGCUAGGUCCUCCUGGAUGUGGGAAAACUACUUUGCUUAAGGCUUUGUCUGGAAACUUAGACAAAAAUCUUAAGGUUUCUGGUGAAAUAUCCUACAAUGGACAAGGGCUGAACAAGUUUGUUCCUCAGAAAACAUCAGCAUACAUAAGUCAAAACGAUCUGCACAUUGCAGAGAUGACAGUGAGGGAGACAAUUGACUUCUCAGCUCGUUGUCAAGGUGUUGCUAGCCGAACAGAUAUUAUGAUGGAGGUCAUUAAAAGAGAAAAGGAUGGUGGAAUCAUUCCUGACCCUGAAGUAGAUGCUUACAUGAAGGCAAUAUCGGUUGAAGGACUUAAAAGAAGUCUACAAACAGAUUACAUCUUGAAGAUCCUAGGGCUUGACAUUUGUGCAGAAACAUUGUUUGGUAAUGCAAUGAGAAGAGGCAUAUCCGGAGGGCAAAAGAAACGUCUUACAACAGCUGAGAUGAUCGUUGGUCCAACAAAAGCUCUCUUCAUGGAUGAAAUAACAAAUGGCUUAGACAGCUCCACCGCUCUUCAGAUUGUUAAGUCUCUUCAGCAGCUAGCUCACAUUACCAAUGCAACAGUGCUUGUUUCACUUCUUCAACCUGCUCCAGAAUCAUAUGACCUCUUUGAUGAUAUUGUGCUGAUGGAUCAAGGAAUAAUAGUGUACCACGGUCCAAGAGACCAGGUCUUAAGCUUUUUUGAGGAAUGUGGAUUUAGAUGCCCGGAAAGGAAAGGUGUUGCAGACUUUCUACAAGAGGUUAUAUCUAGAAAGGACCAAGGACAGUACUGGCUGCACCAGGCCUUGCCUUAUAGCUUUGUCUCUGUCGAAACGUUUUCAAAGAGAUUCAAGGACUUAGAGAUUGGGAGAAAGCUUGAGGAAGCUCUCUCUAAGCCAUAUGAUAGAUCAAAACACCAGAAUGAUUCUCUUUCUUUCAAUGCAUACUCUCUUCCAAACUGGGAGCUGUUCAGAGCAUGCCUCUCAAGAGAGUUUCUUCUCAUGAAGAGAAACUACUUUGUCUACCUCUUUGACACGUUUCUGCUUCUUCUGUCUGCAAUCCUCACUAUGACUGUGUUUAUUCGAACACGGAUGGGCGUAGACAUCGUUCAUGGAAACUCUUACAUGAGCUGCCUCUUUUUCGCAACCGUUGUGCUUCUGGUUAAUGGUGCUCCAGAGCUUAAUAUGACUGUUGAACGCCUUGCCGUGUUUUACAAGCAAAAGCAACUUUGUUUCUAUCCAGCUUGGGCUUAUGCAAUCCCAGCAACAGUGUUGAAGGUCCCCCUCUCUUUCUUUCAGUCUCUAGUUUGGACUUGUCUCACUUACUAUGUCAUCGGAUACACUCCUAAAGCCUCCAGGUUCUUAAGGCAGUUCAUUAUGCUAUUUGCUGUUCACUUCACAACGAUAUCUAUGUUCCGGUGUAUAGCUGGAAUCUUUCAGACAGGAGUUGCUUCAAUGGCAGCUGGUGGUUUUGCUGUGUUAAUCACCUUUGUAUUUGCCGGUUUCGCCAUCCCAUAUACUGAUAUGCCAGGGUGGUUGAAGUGGGGUUUCUGGGUGAAUCCUAUAAGUUAUGCUGAGAUUGGACUCUCUGUGAACGAGUUUCAUGCUCCAAGAUGGCAGCAAAUGCUACCUACAAAUGUUACACUGGGGAGAACCAUACUCGAAAGCCGAGGACUGAACUAUGAUGAUUACAUGUAUUGGGUCUGCUUAUCUGCAUUGUUUGGUCUAGCCCUUAUCUAUAACACCAUUUUCACUCUUGCUUUGAGUUUCUUGAAAUCUCCAACGUCAUCUCGUGCCAUGAUUUCCCAUGACAAGCUCUCUGAGCUGCAAGGAACAAAAGAUUCAUCAGACAAGAAGCAAAACAAGUCAACAGAGAGAAAAGAGGAUUCAGGGAAGAUGGUGUUACCUUUUAAGCCACUCACCAUAACAUUUCAAGACUUGAACUAUUACGUCGACGUUCCUAUGGAGAUGAGAGGUCAAGGGUACACUGAGAAGAAACUUCAGCUUCUCUCAAACAUCACCGGAGCUUUCAGGCCCGGCGUUCUAACGGCAUUGAUGGGAAUCAGUGGAGCCGGAAAAACAACUCUACUGGACGUUCUCGCCGGAAGAAAAACAAGCGGAUACAUCGAAGGAGACAUCAAGAUCAGUGGAUACCGUAAGGUCCAAGAAACGUUUGCAAGAGUUUCAGGCUACUGCGAGCAAACGGAUAUACACUCACCGAACAUCACAGUCGAAGAGUCUCUCAUUUACUCAGCUUGGCUCCGUCUAGUUCCAGAAAUAGAACCUGAAACCAAAAUAAGAUUCGUGAAGCAAGUUCUGGAGACGAUCGAGCUGGAGGAGAUCAAGGACGCGAUGGUGGGAGUUGAAGGAGAGAGCGGGCUGUCGACGGAGCAGAGGAAGCGUUUGACGGUGGCGGUGGAGUUGGUGGCGAACCCCUCCAUCAUAUUCAUGGACGAACCAACGACGGGGCUAGACGCAAGAGCAGCCGCCAUAGUGAUGAGAGCUGUGAAGAACGUAGCUGACACUGGACGAACCAUCGUCUGCACUAUUCAUCAGCCCAGCAUUGACAUCUUCGAAGCUUUCGAUGAGUUGGUGCUUCUGAAGACAGGAGGUCGUAUGAUUUAUACUGGACCUCUUGGACAACAUUCUUCUCAUGUUAUUAAAUAUUUUGAGAGUAUCCAUGGAGUUGCUAAGAUUAAAGACAACUACAAUCCCGCAACAUGGAUGCUAGAAGUUACUUCACAGUCCAUAGAGACUGAACUCAACAUUGAUUUCGCUAAAAUCUACAACGACUCAGAUCUCUACACAACCAACUCCGAACUUGUUAAAGAGCUGAGCAAACCGGAUCCCGGGUCAACCGACUUGCAUUUCAACAGAACCUUUGCGCAGAGCUGGUGGGAACAGUUCAAAUCUUGUCUAUGGAAGAUGAGCUUGUCUUACUGGAGAAGCCCUUCUUACAACCUGAUGCGAAUCUUUCACACUUUAUUCUCCUCUUUGAUAUUUGGUCUACUCUUCUGGAAGCAAGGCCACAAGAUAGAUACUCAACAGAACUUGUUCACAGUCCUCGGAGCUAUCUACGGUCUUGUCCUCUUCUUGGGAGUAAACAACUGCGCCACAGCGUUACAGUAUUUUGAGACAGAACGUAAUGUUAUGUACCGCGAAAGAUUCGCGGGAAUGUACUCUGCCUUUGCCUACGCAUUGGCUCAGCUUGUGACCGAGGUUCCUUACAUAUUCAUCCAAAGCGCAGAGUUUGUGAUCAUAAUAUAUCCAAUGAUCGGUUUCUACGCUUCUUACUCUAAAGUCCUUUGGUGUCUCUACUCAAUGUUCUGCAACUUGCUAUGCUUCAACUACGUCGCCUUGUUCCUCAUCUCCGUGACUCCGAACUUCAUGGUCGCAGCUAUUCUCCAGUCUCUUUUCUUCGUUGCUUUCAACCUUUUUGCUGGUUUCUUGAUUCCAAAACCGCAAAUACCAAAGUGGUGGGUGUGGCUUUACUAUCUAACCCCAACCUCUUGGACUCUCAACGUGUUCUUCACGUCUCAGUACGGUGAUAUUCAUGAAACGAUCGAUGCCUUUGGAGAAUCCACGACCGUUGAGAGAUUCUUGGAGGAGUAUUUUGGGUUUCAUCAUGACCGUUUGGUGAUUACAGCCAUUGUUCUUAUUGCGUUUCCAGUUGCACUGGCUUCUAUGUUUGCCUUUUUUGUUGCCAAACUCAACUUUCAAAAACGUUGACGGAAUCACACACCAAAGACCACAAGGAUAUAUGUCAACAAUGAACUAUACUAUUAUGCCAACAAGAAGAUAUUUUAGCAGGUUCUUGUUUUUCUAUAUGAAUUCUAUCAAAUAAUUGUAAAAUGUACUUAAAGUGAACUGCUCUUUUGUGCAGAGUGUUAAACUA